AUGAACUCAUUGAAGUGUUUGUGGAUCUUGUGCAUGUUUUUUGACAUUGCAGAAUUAGGAAAACCCUUUUCCUGUUUUCAUUGUCACCAAACAUCGAAACAAUGUAAUUAUGGAGAUAAGAUGAUUUUGAAAAUCACCAACUGCCCUACAAAUACGUGUUUUGUACUGAAAUAUGAAACUGAAAUGCCUGGAGUGAAUGUUAAGGCGACUUUUCGAGGGUGUUAUCUUCAACCAGAGCAAGAAAUGAUGAAGAAUCUUGUAACUUACAAACACUUCGUCUCGAAGAAACAUUUUCAACUGUGUAAUUCCUCUUUAUGUAAUGAUGCUAGUUCAACGAAGGUUCCUCCCAAAAUCAUGCAUAACCAUAUUUUAUUACUAAUUUUAUUAUCAUUUAUUUUCGGAAAAUUAUAA